AUGAGGGAUUUGCCAGCUGAUGUUCUCCUUGGAAAUGACUUGGCCCCCCUUGUUUCUGCCUACGCUCCAAUGGGUCCCGCUGAUGUUAACCCUGUGACUACCCGUGCUCAGACCCGUGCUGACGAGUGUGUCCGGCCUGCUGCUGAGACCCAGGAUAUUGACAACCACGGUGCAGGAGAAGUGAAACCGUUGGCAUCUACUGAAAACAAAGAGUACACAGAUUUGUUCACAAAUAGAGAGUUGCCAGCUCUGCCUGUUGAUGAGAACGGAGACGUUGAAACUGCAGCUAACAAUGGAAACCUGACUCUGAAAUGUGGAUCAUUUAUUUGGAGAAAGGACAAACUUGGGUGGCUAAUUUUUGCCUUUGGAAUUUUCUUGGUCCUGAUGUUCAUUCUCUGGUUAAUCCUUGUCAUCGUGGUGAUCAAAUAUUACUCCAGAAUUUCUGUGGAAAUAUUAGACGUUAAGAAGAACAAUAAUGAAACAAUGCAGACAGUUUUCCAGCUUCAGAUCCAGCAAGAAAGUAUUCUUGCAGAAAUGCAAACCACUUACAACAACACUGUUUCCCAAGUUCUUCAGUCACACAAAAAUCUUCUUGCUGAGAUCACAAAAAUUAGUAAUAUCGAUCGAACUCUUACUCCAUGCCCCAGUAGCUGGACAUGCAUUGGUAAAUAUGCAUAUCAUUUCUCAACGGAACCUCUAAAUUUGGAAGCAGCUAAGGCAGACUGCAUCAGUCGCCAGUCACAGGUCUUAAUUUUGGCUGACAAAACAGAAAUGGAUGCACUAAAAUUCAUGAUGACAGGAAAGUCAUACUGGAUCGGGUUAAUAAGGAAUUAUAUGGGCUGGAAAUGGGUUGAUGGAACCUCUCCCUCCUUCACCUCCUGGAGUCAAAAUGAACCUAACAACGCUGGCAGUAGAGAAAACUGUGUUGAGAUCAAAUCAGGAUUAUGGAAUGACAUAGACUGUACAAUUAAAAAUAACUUUGUCUGUAAGAAAAUGUGACCUUCCAUUAC